AUGAACGGAAAUAAAAGUGCAAUCGACGUGCCAGAUUGCGCACUUCCGUCGGUACUCGCGCUCGUGGGCUUUGAAUCGGCCGACAGCAAAAUAUUGGCGCGGGCGAUUGUCGGCGCUGCAUCGCUCACGAGCCUCACGCUUCGCGAUGCCGAUAGCCUUGUCCAAGGCCUAGUGGACACAGCGACACCACUGCCCCACCUGACGGUGCUGUGUCUUGACACGCAGCGUGACACGACCAGCUUGAAGUCGCUGCUAACGAAUGGCAUCGAGCUCUCGGCGCUCCGUGUGCUUGACGUGCGUGACUCGAGUACCACGGACAAUACGUUCUUGCUGGCGCUACUGCCACGUCUUGUGGCACUUUAA